AUGUCUCCUCCUUUUUCCUCUCCUUCUCCUUCUGUUUCUCUUUCUCCUUCUUCUUCUUCUUCUCUUUCAUCUUCUUCUUCUUCUUCUUCUUCUUCUUCUUCUUCUCUUUCUUCUUCUUCUUCUCCUCCUGUUUCUUCCUCUCCUCGUUCGUCUUGUCCUGGCGCUCGUCCUCUCCGUUCUGCUUCUCAGCCCACGGGGUUUUGUCUGUCGCGUUUCCACGCGGGAUUUUUGUGGGGCAGAGCGCGAGUCGGCAACAUCUGGAUCCUCUACCGGAGUGCUCGGCCCGACGGCCUCGUGCUCGUCUUGGGGCCGCACUGGCAGUUCGCCGUCAUCAUGCUCGGUUUGAAGGCGGCAAUCUGUUGCGCGUUCCUCUUCGUCGCUGGCAGGAACGUGAUCACCUCCAGUCGCGUCCUCUUCGCCGGCGGUGCGCUCCUCUGUUCACUGAGUUUUCUCUUCUUCAUCUUGACCGUCCUGAAAGACCCUGGAAUCCCGCGCAUGAAGUCUCCUGUCCCCGCAGCGGUAGAACGGGAGGCGAGGAGACAGGUCGGCAAACGCCAAGACCUCGAGCUCCGGCACCUUGCAGAGGAGAGAGAAAGCAGAGAAGCGGAAGAAGGAAGAGAUUUGGAAGCGAAGCGAAAGACGGCGGUCUCUGCUCCGGCUCGCCCUGGGUCUCCCUCUCUCCCUUCUCCCUCGCUCCUUCCGUCCUCUUCUUUUUCUCCUCUCUGUGUGCAGUCUGCUGACGCUUCGAGUCCUCUCCCUUCCUCGCCUCACAGUGGCGUCGCCGCUGUUCCUCAGAUGGCCGUUUGCGAGACGAGAGCGACGGCUGCAAAAGAGGAAAACCACCUCCGCACGCUUUCUCGCAGUUCCUGUCCUCAGUCUUCUCCUUCUCCGUCUUCGCUCUGUGCACGUCUCCCUGUCCUUCCUGGUGAGAAUGUGUUUCCUGCUCACAGAUUUCCCGCGCUGGGGGACCUGGAAAGUUGCUGGGGCGACCAAAUGUCUCCGGCGCAACCCGGUGUAUGUACACCUCCCGUGGAAGUUCUCGACGGCAACCAGAGAGAGGGAAGAGAGGCAGAGGCCGAGAUGGGGGAGCCAGGGAGAGUCUUUCCGCGACUGUUUUCCACGGACCCAGUAACACUUGCCUCGCCCCAACACGAACGUGGUGUACAGACACUGCGUCUUGGCGCGAAUGAGAAGGUGUUUCAGGAGCGAAUCGCUCUUUCCCAGACGGAAUCGUCAAGUUGGGAGGAGACAGGGGAAAAUGACGAGGAAGGAGAGGAAGAGGAAGAGGAUUUCGAGCGGCACUCAGGAUCGAGCAGGGACGCAAAGUACGCUCGGUUGGCAUUGAAGAAGCCGCGGUGGGCUGUGAGAGAGAGACAGAGACGGUUUCCCGCUCGUUUUCGACAGUUGCAGAAUCGGGGGAGUUACGUGUCGUUUGACCGAAGCGAAGACAACUCCCCGACGAGCAGCAGCUGCGAUUCCCGUUCCCGCUCCUCUUCUUCGUCCGUGGAGGCGCUCGAGACUAGCUCCUCUCUCCGUCUGAAUGUAGCCUCCGAAUCAGGAGCGCACCGAUCGGCUCGCACCAUGGCCAUCCGCCGGCCGGCUUCUCCGCAGUCUGCGGUGUAUGGACGCCGCAGCGCGUUGGGGAGGCGUCGCCGGGUGUUUCCGCCUUUUUCGGGCGCGCGGGCCUCGCCUGGUCUCUUUUGUCGCGAUUGCCAGAUUUUCCCGCCUCCAGGCUCCGUGCACUGCGACGAUUGCCGAGUCUGCAUUGAGGGCUACGAUCACCACUGUCCGUGGACAAGCAAGUGCGUGGGGAAAGGCAACAUUUGGGAGUUCCACGUGUGGAUUAUCUUGUCUCUCGUGACCAUCUUCUACUACGGGCUAACUGCUGCCUUCCUCGGACAGGAAGAGAACCCCCGCGAAGGAUCCUCUGCAGGAGCUGAGGUGCGCGCAGCCUUCAGAGGCGACCGCGGAGAGGGCGAGUGA